AUGACAUUGGUCCAGGAAGCAAACGUCGAGGUCCCUAACCCUCGAACACCUCUUCACUGGCCGCGGCCGCCUACGGACUGGGCUGCGCUCUCGGUGGAUGGGGCUUUCAUGCAAGAGGACGGGUCGGCGGCGGCGGGUAUGAUACUUCGACGUCAUGAUGGUAGUGUGAUCUUCGCGGCGUAUAGGUGCAUCUUCAACUGCAACGACGCGCUGGAGGCGGAAUUACAUGCAAUAAUGCAGGGUAUGGCCUUGGCCCUGCAGCAUUCGUCCUUGCCAAUUGUAGUUCAAUCAGACUCAUCCACGGCACUAGCUGCAAUGACCGGGGAUAGCUUGUCCAGGUCUGCUUAUGGGCAUUUGGUAGCAGAGAUCUGGCUUCAUCUAGAGGCUCGAGAGUUUGUUCCAUCAAAAAUCAAGCGUGAGCAAAAUAGGGUAGCACAUCGGUUGGCAUUGUAUAGUCGUACAGAGUCUACUACUGCUGUAUGGCUGGGGAGGAGCCCACCUUGGAUUGAGGAUUUGGUGCCACUCGAUUGUAACCCUAUGCAUAUGAAAUAA